CCAGUGUACUCUGAAUGGUAAGCACGAAUUAGAAAUGUCAGCUGUGUUGGGAGCUUACUCCUCUGGAUGUGGCUGUAUAAAUAGAGUUGCCGUUUUCAAUCUCAGGCCCCGACUUAGCACUGCAACUUUCAACCCCUUUCUUGCUCGAAGAUUUGGAGUGCGAGCUCUUUCUUCAAUGUCGUACCACGCAGAACUCGACGCCGCCAAAAAGGCCGCCUCUCUCGCUGCUCGCCUCUGCCAGAAAGUUCAGAAAGCACUUUUGCAAGCCGAUGUGCAGUCAAAGUCAGAUAAGAGUCCUGUCACUGUGGCUGAUUAUGGUUCACAGGCUGUGGUCAGCUUUAUUCUGCAGAAGGAGUUGCCUUCUAAUUCGUUUUCAUUAGUGGCAGAAGAGGACUCAGAAGACCUCCGUAAAGAAGAGUCACAAGAAACAAUUCAACGUAUCACAAAACUUGUGAAUGAAACUCUUGCUAGCAAUGAAUUAGGCAUUACUUCUCCCUUGUCUCAAGAAGACGUGCUUGCUGCAAUUGACAGUGGUAGAUCUAAUGGGGGUCCUUCUGGUCGCCAUUGGGUAUUGGAUCCUAUUGAUGGGACCAAAGGGUUUCUAAGAGGUGACCAAUAUGCCAUUGCAUUGGGAUUGUUAGAUGAAGGGAAGGUAGUUUUGGGUGUCCUAGCCUGCCCCAAUCUUCCAUUAGCUUCUGUUGCAUACCAUGAACAUCAAGAGAACAGUGGCUGUCUAUUUUUUGCUCAAGUUGGAGCUGGAACCUACAUGCAAAGUCUAGAUGGCUCUUCCCCCAAAAAGGUGCAUGUUACAGGUAUUGAAAACCCUGAAGAGGCAUCAUUUUUUGAAUCUGUUGAAGCAGCACAUUCGAUGCAUGACUUAUCUAGCUCGAUAGCAAAGAAACUAGGUGUUAAAGCACCACCUGUUCGAAUAGAUAGUCAGGCUAAGUAUGGUGCGUUGUCCCGAGGAGACGGAGCUAUAUAUUUGCGCUUUCCUCAUAAAGGAUACCGUGAGAAGAUAUGGGAUCAUGCAGCUGGAUAUCUUGUUGUUUCAGAAGCUGGAGGUAUUGUGACAGAUGCUGCAGGAAACCCAUUGGACUUCUCCAAAGGAAGGUACCUGGAUUUGGACACUGGCAUCAUCGUUACCAACCAGAAGUUGAUGCCUGCUCUGUUGAAGGCAGUUGGUGAUUCUUUAGCUGAAAAAACUUCGUCGCUGUGAUCUUUUUUAUUUUAUUAGAAUAACUACAAAAUUUGUAGUAACUCUUGCUUGAAUAAAUUUGCUAUUAUUAAGGACAUUUUGACUUGGAGAUUCA